UCCUAGCUCCUUGCUAGCUCCAGGCGUGUAAACCGGGAUAUUCCUUUUAAUUCCACGUCUUUCUCGCCCUUAAACUACAACUAUCACUAUUUCCUCUGAGUGUUAGGAACGUCAGGGGCCGACAUGGCGGAGCUCAACGAGCUGAAGCUGGAUUUCACCCUGAAGGAGCUGAGCUGCGGGGCGGAGGACCGGGACGUGCCCGGAGCCUCGUCCGCCGUGGAGCUGCGGCCCGACCGCCUCGUUUGUGUGGAGUAUCCGGCGGUGGUGAGCAGCACCGACAACAUGCUGGAGACCCUGGGGGGGGACCGAGCUGUGUCCAGAACCUUCGCUCACCCCAACAGGCGUCUUGAGCUGCGUUACCGCCCUCAGGAUCCCUUCUGUCACCCUCUGUGUGGGAACCGCUUUCCGUCCAGCAACCUCCUGCUCCGAGUGCGGCGGCGGGUGCGAAAAAAAGACCCCAAGGAUGCGCAGAUCCAAAUGGAUUUGCUGGGCGUCAUCGGAACAACCUAUAAAUUCCAAGGGAUGGCCGACUUCCAGUGUCUCGCCGUGCAUUCAGAAGGUGGAAAAGAUGUGUCUUUGUACGACAAAAUCAUCCUUCGUAAAUCAGAGAAUCUGGAGUUCUUUGAGAAGCCCAUGCCUUACUUUCUUCCCCCGGCCAUCUUCUCACGUCUGGACAGUCCCGUGGAUUAUUUCUACCGACCCGACAUCCAUCACAACCAGAUGCCCUCCAACAAGAAAAGCUUUAUCGGUCUGAAUCGCGUGCGUCGGCCCAAUAAUGCCAUUUUUGUCAGCUUCACUGAUCCCACUGUGCCCAGUGAGUGUCUCGAGGGGGCCAAGCUCAACUGGGUACGAGUCUGCCUGAAGGACUCUGACAGAAAGACUGAAGAACAACUGAAAGCGAUGUUUGAGAGCCGGCCCAUCUGGUCUCGGAACGCGGUCAAGGCCAACAUCAACAUCCACCCUGAUAAACUGAAGCUGCUGCUGCCUGUAUUUGCCUACUACAUGGUGACAGGGCCGUGGAGGAGUCUGUGGGUGCGGUUAGGCCAUGACCCCCGAAAACACCCAGACUCCAAGAUAUACCAAAUGCUGGAUUUCAGGAUCCGCUGCAGCAACAAGUCAGGUUAUUCCAUAUCUGACGUGCCAAUAAAAGCCAAGAGGAGUGCAUUUAACUACAGUCUGCCUAUUACGUUCAAUAAAACAGGCCCUCAGCCAGCGAGUGUGAUGGAUCUUCCCGGUCAGGAGGGUCCAAGCUCCAGUCGGGACACAACCCCAAUCUCGUACCAGCUGAGGGAGGCCUCCUAUAUUUUCAGAGAGGGCAUGCUGCCUCCUCACAGACAGAUGUUUUACCAGCUCUGUGAUCUGGAUGUGGAAAGUAUCAAAGAGGUGACUGAGCAGAAGGGGGAUGAACAGGUGUGUAACGAGCGGGACGGCUGGUGUGUUCUCGGUACCACCGACAAGCUGAGGAACAUGAUCUCAGCCAUGAUCAACAAAGUCACCCGGGCACUGAAACCAGCAGUGCCUCCAGUCCUUAGAAGAAGCCAACGCAAAGUCUCAAAAACCUCAAUGAAAGAUGGUUACGCAGACGACGGAGAGGACGAGGAUGAAGGUGAAAACGAGGACGAUGACGAUGACGAAUUUGUGCCGUCUGAGGGAAGUGAAAACGAGAUGGAGACAGAGAUUCUGGAUUACAUGUAGCAAAGAACGGACAUUAGAUGACACGUCUCUGUACUGAUGAUAUUUUUGUAUUGUAUGUUUCUGUAAAGUGUAAAGUAACUUAGUGAAAUGGAAAUA